ACGGCUCUGGACAAAGAUUGAAGAAGAAAGACGUCGUUUUCUCUGGCUGGUGGAGCAACUAGGAUAGCCAGAUAGUUGAACUGGCGGACUUUGAAAACCCUGGCGGCAAAGCAAAAAAUCUUGGCGGCAAGAACCUCAUCUUUUCUCCUAUUUAAGAUAACAAAAAUCGUCAAACCAUAUCAUCGAUUCUCUUCUCCAUCUGCGUUAGUGACUACAGAUUAACCAAGAGUCUACAAUGGAAGAUUGUACUAUCACACCCCCGAGUUCAAAAGUGAAGCGUAAUAAUCAUCAAUGGUCUCCUCAUGAAGACAAAAUACUUAUUGAGGGUUGUCUGGAAUUGAUCAACCAAGGUUGGAAAGCUGAAAAUGGAUUCAAAACCGGUUUCUAUCAGCAGCUUCAGAAGUGGAUGGCUACAAAAAUCCCUGGUUGUUAUAUUUUGGGAGAUCCAAAUAUAAAAAAUAGAUUAAGACACUUAAAAACUCAAUAUAAGGAAUUCUCUAUGAUGAGGGGUGCUUCAGGUUUUGGCUGGAAUGAGGAAACCAAAAUGGUUAAUUGUGAUGAUGAGGUUUGGGCUUCUUGGAUUAAGGGACAUAAAGAGUCAGUUCAUCUUAGACACAAGUCAUUCCCUUAUUUUGAUGACCUGGCAAUAAUAUUUGGCGUUGAAUGGGCAACUGGGGAUAAGUGUGAGUCUCCAACUGAAAUGGUGACUAGUUUAGGAAAAGAAAGUGCACCUCAAGAAGGAGCUCAUGUUCCAAAAAGUGUUGUCCAUGAUGAUUUUUUUGGUGUAGCUGUGGAUCUCGAUGCUAUGAAUGAUGAUAUUUUUUCAUCGCCCGAUAUUAGCAGAAAUAAGAAGAGGACUCUUGGUAUUUCCAUCAAAAAGGAAUUUGAGGAGCCACCAAAAAAGUCAAAGAAGAAUGAGUUUGAUAAACAGGCUGAAGUGUUCCAAAAAAAAAUUGAAACCGUUCUCGAAAUGUGUGUUACAUCAAACAAGCAGUUUGAGAAAGUGACAACAUUUUUUGAUCGAUUUAAUGCUGCUGAUGAUGUUAAGCCACAUAUACUACAGGUGAUAAUGAAUUUGCCAGAUUUAAGUAAGGAGUAGGCGAUACGUGCAUUUGGAAUUAUAUCAUCUAGCAAAGGAAAAACAGAUUCUUUCUUACUCAUGCCAGAUGAAGAGGCAAAGUUGAUUUAUGUUCGAGCUGUCUUGAAUGGAGAAAUCUAGUUUUAGUGACUUUCUAUGAAUUUUUUAUUAUGUAGUUUUAUUAAGACAAUAUUAAGUUUCUAUUUAAUCCUUCUAAAUUCCUUCAAAGUGUUACUGUUUUGGUUUUGGUAGUAGAAACGAUGACAAUAAAAUAAUUCUCAAUUUAAACCUUUUAAA